AUUCCCUCCUCGACACCCUCCAAAUUUUGUCCCACAAUUAGAUCAAACACUACAUAGAAAUUAACCUUAGAACUAUCGUCCAUUCGUUUUCGCUUUCGAUCUGUCCAUCAUACCAUAACAAUGGGCAAUGCCAUAGGAGGGAAAAAUAGGAAGGUCGCAAAGGUCAUGAAGAUCACAGGCGAGACUCUCAAGUUUAAGGCGCCUGUGGAGGCCGGGGAGGUCCUCAGGGACUACCCCGGGCUCGUGCUGCUCGAGUCCGAGUCCGUGAAGCAUUACGGCACCAGGGCGAAGCCACUGGGUGCCCACGAGAGGUUGGAGCCCCGGAGGCUCUACUUCCUCGUGGAGCUGCCCAAGGAGCGAGCGGUCCCGAGGCGGGUCCGGUCCGGGAUAAACAUGAGCGCCAAGGACCGCCUCGAGAGCCUCAUGCUGUCCCGGAGGUCCGCGUCGGACCUGUCCAUCUUGGCAAAGCCUGCAGGGGAUGAUGUGCCCGGGCCGUUGGACGCCGGCCGGGACAAAGGGAAGGAGGUUGUGGGGAGUGGUGUGAGGGUGAGGUUGAGGCUUCCUAAGGGAGAACUGGAGAGGGUGAUGAGGGAGAGCAGAGAUGAAGCUGAUGCAGCUGAGAAGAUAAUGAAUUUGUACAUUCAAGCCAAUAAAGAUGGCAAUAAGAACAAUGAUGAUGAGGUUGACGGUGAGGGAAAUGUCACUGACGAUUUGAUGGAGCAGCAGCAGCAAUUGCAUCGGAAGGGCAGCCAUGGAAGGAGGGAAGAAGGUCCCAAGAAACGUGAGAAGCGGCCCAAGCGGGUGAGUUUUCUGGCGGCCAGAGAAGGAGGGAUGCAAAUCGCGGUUGCUUCUUGACGACUGCAGGGCUGAAUCUUAGUAGAUUCGCCGUGACAUUUGAUUCGUGCUUCGAUGAUUCGAGUUUUUCUUUUCUUGUUCUUUACUGUACAUUGGCAGUCUAAUGAAGCUCCCUAGCCGAGAUGAGCUCUAUCGCUAUAGAUUUGAUCAGUUGGCAAAGAUAUAUAAUAUAACACUUCCUGUGCAA